AUGCUGCUCCCGAUCAUGAUGGAUUCUUCUCGCCCUGCUGGGGAAUUGUCCGCGGCAGCAGCAUCAGGCGCGGGGGAUGUCGCUGCUGCCGCUGCUGGCGGUAGUUCUCCUGCAGUGCAAACCACGAGGUUGCGGGCCUUUGAGUCUACUGUACAGAAAUGGUGCGAUCGCGCCACGUCCCUGUUCCCUGCGUGGGUGCUGGGAGCCGCGGCCGUCGGGAUGUUGCGGCCGGCGGCGCUCUCGUGGUUCAACAGCGGCCUCAUCACGGCGGCUCUGGCCACGACCAUGGUUUGCAUGGGAAUGACCCUCACCCUGGAAGACUUCGCCGCCGUCGCUCGAAAGGCCCCGGCCGGUCAUGGCGGGCGUUGCCGCUCAGUACACAGUCAUGGUGGCACGGCGUCGAACCUCGUCACCCUUAUCGCGAACGGGGAUGUGGCGCUGUCGGUGUCGAUGACGACGGUGUCUACCCUGUUGGCGGCCGUAAUUACGGGACCCCUCACGAAGUUUCUCGUCGGCGCGCUGGUGGACAUUAGCGCUGUGACUCUGAUGAAGGCUACGGCGCAAGUGGUGUUUUUGCCGGUGGCGAUGGGGCUGCUGCUGAACACAAGGGCCAAGGGGAUCACCCGCCGCCUUGCCCCCUACACGCCGCUCCUCUGCGUUGCCCUGGUGGCGAUGAUCUGCGGCAGCGUCGUUGCAGCAAACUCGUCCAUCUUGCUCGGGUCCGGCGCUGCCCUCGUCGGCGCGGUCCUGACUCUGCACGCGGGCGGGUAA